AAAGCCAAAACACAAACACAGAGACACAGACACACACACACACACUGAACUAAGAUCAUCAAUGGCGAAAUUAUCAAUUAUAUUAGUUUCUUGCUUGGUCAGCCUUGCGGCCAUCAUGCAAGGCAGCCAUGCAGUUCAAUACACCGUCACUAACACGGCGGCAUCAACCCCCGGCGGAGCCCGAUUCCAGACGCAAAUCGGGGCGCCAUACGCCUUAACGGUACUAACCUCUUCCACUACUUUCAUAUGGAGGACCUUCCAGGAGAACACUCCGGCCGACCGGAAAAACGUCCUGACAGUUUCCGUGUUCGUGGAUGACAUGGACGGAGUCGCUUACACAAGCAACAACCAGAUCCACGUCAGCGCGCGCUACAUCGGGGGAUAUUCCGGCGACGUGAGGAGGGAGAUCACCGGAGUUCUUUACCACGAAAUGGCUCACGUUUGGCAGUGGAACGGAAACGGCCAAGCUCCCGGAGGAUUGAUCGAAGGGAUUGCGGAUUACGUGAGGCUGAAAGCCGGGUACGCGCCGAGUCAUUGGGUUAAACCGGGUCAAGGUGACCGGUGGGACCAAGGGUACGACGUCACUGCCCGGUUCCUGGAUUAUUGCAACGGGUUGAAACCUGGUUUUGUGGCUCAGCUGAAUAAGAUGAUGAGGACUGGAUAUAACGAUGGUUACUUCGUUCAGCUUCUCGGGAAGCCAGUUACUCAAUUAUGGGUGGAUUACAAAGCCAAAUUCAGCACUAAUUAAAUUAUUAUCUGAAUGAUAAGCUCUUAGUUGUUGAUUAGUAAUAAUGAAUAAAUGCCAUCCACACUCGUGUGACUAUAGACUGACAAUAAACUCAUUCUUGGAAUAACCAAGAAUUAUCAAUUAGUACUACUUUUCUAUGUCAUGAUCAGUGUGUUACUAAGUGUUACUACUUUUCGAUUCGAGUUUUCUUAAAUAUUUUGUGAUAGCCAUGUGCUAAUUGUUACCAGAGUUAAUAUUAACACGCAAGC